UCAAACUUUGAUUGAAUUUUCUAGUAUAAAAGGAGACUGAUUUACAUUCAAUUCUCAUCAGAUUAAUUGUCUUUAAUCAGAAAAUAUAAAAAAAAUCAAAAUGAAAUUCUUUGGACUUACUCUUGCCGUUCUCCUCGUCGCUGGAUUCGUCGCUAUCGAAGCUCGAUCCGUUGAAAAGCGAAAUGUCUUAAACGACUUAGUGGCUAACGCUCAAUCAGCCUUCAACGAUGCCAAGGCUCAAUUUGGAAAAUUCUUCGGCUCAGCUCUUCAACAACAAAUCGCCGAAGCUAAAGAAUCUUUCAUGAAUGGACUUAAGCAACUCCAAGAAUCUGCUGAAGAUCUUCUCGAAGAUGGAGCUGAUGCUCUCAUGAAGAACCUUCCUGGUCUCCAAGGAAUCGUCUCUGAUCGAGUUGACGCCGUCACUGAUUCUUUGGAAUCAUACAUCGAAAAGAACAAGGGUAAAUUAGACGAAGUUCGACAAUUGAUCCUCGACAAUGCUCUCAAGACCUUGAAGGCUCUUAAGGAUCGACUUGAUGCCACUGAAUCAGCUGAAGCCGUUAGCCAAAUUCUCACCUCAGUUGACAACGUUGAGAAUCAAGUUGUUAGUGAAGUUUCAGCUGCCAAGUCUCGAUCUCUUUUUGGAAUCAACUGGUCCGGUCUUAAGAACACCAUGACUCAACGAUUCGAUGCCCUUCGAAACCGAUUCGAUGACAUGUUAGACGCAUUCCGAGGAGAAGAUAACAAAAAGAUCCGAGAACAAAAGGGCAAAAUCCAAGGAGCCAUGGAAAAGGUUAAUGGUGCUGACAAACUUCCACCCGCACAAAAGAUCGAAGCCGUCAAAGCCGCUGCUGCUGAAUUAGACAAGGCUGACGAAGUUGCCGCUUCAGCUGCCUCAUCAGGAGAAAUUGUAACCUCCCCCUCCGCCUAAAUAACUUAUAAUCUUGUUAAUAUUUCGUUGAUGUUCAUAUGUAAAAGUGUGCACAUUGUGUGUACAUCAUAGGAUUUGAUCAAUUGAUCAGUUUAAGUUACUAAAUGAGUUGAACUUUUAUGGUGAUAAACAAAUAAAGUUUAUUUUGAGCAAUAA